AUGACCAGUGAGCAAGAUCGAGUCGACGAGGAGAAUGGCGGAAGCCGGCUGGGCACCGAAGCUCCAGGCGAAGCGAGAAACCUUCCACGGUGGUUCCCCAACCGAGGCGGCAGCUGGAGCUUCGGAUGGAAGAAAAUCCAAAUCGCCGACAGCAGUGCGGCGACGGAUGCGACGCCGGAUGCGACAGCAGCGAGCGCGUCGCCCACCGAGACCACUGGACCCGCAGCGUUGCAAGAAUUCGGCGACUAUUCGAAAGGCAGUGGCGACGGAGGAGGAGAAGGAGAAGCGCGGGCGUCUGCGGCGCGCGUGUGGCGGUGGGUGUGGUCGCGGCGCGACAUACUGCUGAUGAGCACGGCAUUCCUCUUCUUCUUCGUGGCGUUCAACGCGCUGCAGAACGUCGCGACGAGCAUCCACGGCGCGAGCAACAUCGGCGCGCUCUCCAUGGGCGUGCUCUACGCCGUCAUCGUCGUCUCCGCGCCGCUCGCGCCCUUCCCCAUCCGCUUCUGGCGCGCGCGCGCCGCCAUCCUCGUCGCGCAGACGGGGUUCUGGGCUUUUAUCGGGUCCAACGCGUUAACUCUAGAGUGCCGUUCCUUGUCUGCUUCUGCGGUGUCCGGGCGACGAUCUUUGGCUGGGUCUGUGAGCUCGAGACGGAUGGUUGUGACAGUGGGCGGCGGGGGGAGCAAAGAAGGGGAGGGGAGGAACGCGUGGCAGUUGCUGUUUGACCGAAAGCUUCUGCUGCUGAUUCCGCUGCUCUUUUACUCAGGACUGCAAGCCGCUUAUAUCAGUGCGGACUUCACGCGCUAUGUGGUGCAGCCGCUGCUGGGAGCGCAGUGGAUGGGCGGAGCCAUGAUGGUCUUUGGGCUCGCCGUUGCUGUUUGUUGUUUCUUCGCAGCUCGCUACGCCAAGGGCCUCUCAUCGAUUCGCCUCAUGCUGCUGCUCGGUGCUGCCUCGCAGGCAGCCGUGCUCGUGCUGACAUGGGUCUUUCAAGACAGAGCCAUGUCAAAGCCAGCAGAAUUCGCGCUGGUGUUCGGCUGUGCGCUGCUGUGGGGAAUCGGCGCCACUGCCUUCCAAUCACAGAUCACAGCGCUCCUGCCAUUGGUCUUCCCCGCUGACGUGGACGCAGCGUACGCGCAUUGGAUCUCAUGGAGCAGUGCGGCCUGCUCCGCCUACUUCCUCUCAAGCCCACACAUCGCCACAGCGAUCAAGAACAGCCUUCUCCUCGCUUUCUGCCUCCUCUCCGUCGUCCUCGCCGCCAUUGCUGUCAGAAUUAGACCAACAGGAGUGGCGAAGUCAUGCGAAGCGGUGUGA